GUAGUAUACUCUAGACUUGAUCGGACUGCAUCUCAGGUGAGUCGGUGACCUUGUAAACUUAAUUGCCAGAUAUCGGGUUUAUUUGAUAAAUCUUUGGGUUAAAUGCUCGUAUAUGUUGUUUAGAACGGAAUCAAAUAGCUGUCACGAUUUAAAAAAGUGCCAUAAACGGUAGCUGUCUUCACGUGAUCUCACUCUCUUUCCCUGAUUUCUGAACGAUUUUCUGAUGAAUAUUUGGUGAGUUUGGAUCAUAUUACAAAAAUGGGUUUAGGGUCUGCUCCUGUGUAUGCAUUGGACAGCGACGACGAUGAAAACUCUACGAACCGGAGCGUUUCGGAGCUGAUUUCGACGUUGAGAACCGCGUACCGGGCGAAGGACUUCGACCGAGUCGAGGCGAUACUGGUAGUCAGAGAAACGAAACUGAAGAGAGAGAUCGAGAAUGCGAAGAAAGAGAACGCUCUGGUGAAGGGCGCUCGGGACGUUGCGCAAGAGAAGGAGAGGAGGGCCGAGGAGAGGUACGAGAAGCUGUUGGAGGAGGCAAAGAAGGGUCAGCAAGAGGAAAAGAGCGUGCUUUUUGAGCUCAGGAGGAAGAACUGCGAGCUUGAGUGUGCGAAAGCGAGGGCUGAGAGCGAGGCUGAGCUUUGGAAGAGGAGGUUUGUGGAGUUGAAGAUUAAGAAAUUGGAGGAAGAUGCCGCAAUGUUGGUGAAUGCUGAGGCUAAUGACUUUGAAAGAUUUGAGAACGUUAAUGAUGUUAACGCUGUUGAUGUGAAAAUGGAGGAUGAUGCGUUUGAUUGUGAUGGAAAUACAAGUGCGAUCAAAGGAAACACGGAUUCGCAAAGUGCAGCUAGUGAAGGAUUUGCAUCAAGAGCCACUUUUAUCAUUGAUGAUGAUGAGGAUUGUGCUCUGGGAAGAGUUUUACGUGGAAAAGAAAUGAAUUGUCAAAACUUUACAGACAAUGUGCACUCAGGUCCAACAGUUGUGAAAAAUGGGACCACAAUGCUGAAAAGAAAAAGUGCUUCUUCUGUAAAUGUGAGUGAGACAGAUGAUGUAUCUAUAAUUGAUCCUGAUCGUUCUCCUGUCAAUAAUUGCUUAGCUACAGCAGUUUCCUCUGGUAGAAACAAUGUUGAUAAACUUACUGUCCCACUAAGUCAGGAUCAAGUUAUUUUGAGACGAAUUCAAGAUAAAACGGGAUCAAGAAACUUAAUGCAUGAUUUUGUUUUGCAAAGGAAUAGUGACGACAGUUCCAGUGCAUCAGAUGAGGAUGAUGUGGAUUUGCUUCUUGAUCAACUUCCACUAAAAGUCCAAAGGAACAAAGAUAAUCGAAAGUGGGAGUCCGAAGCUGACAUGCUUGCAGAAUUUGAGAAGGAUCCAGAACUUUGUAUGAAGGCUGUUUGUGCUCUUUACAGACAGCAAACCUGUGUGCGGAAUUCACCUUUGGGUUUGUCAUUUUCCAGUAAUCAAGGAUUUAACAAGGCUGAUGCCCUCAGGGGAACUUCUUUGGCGAAGUUUCUUAUAGAUGAUGAUCCAGAAGGGAAACUGAGGAAAUCCGUUACAGAGUUGGAGAAGUAUGACAAGAAAGGUCUUUCUGAUUGCAAAAGACUAGCUAUUUGUCACCCUAAGCAAUUAUUUGAGAUAUACCAGAAGAAAAAGUAUCCCCUAUUUUUAUCUUCUUCAUUUAAAUGUGCAAGUUCUGGUUAUAAGAAGUAACUGCUGAUGCUAGUACCUCUUAGCGUCCAAGAUGUUCUUGAUUGUUAAUAGCUCCAUGUUCUGAUCAGUGAUUUCUUUUGUUUCUGGACUACGGUAUAUAUAAGGCGACGAAACUGCUCCAAUUCUGCUCGCUCAAAGAUACAGGGAAUCCAUGUUGUUUCUUGAUAUGUACUUACCAACAUUAAGAUCACUUAUCAAAUUUAAGAACCUGCUUUGCAUUGGCUA